AAAAAAAAAAAAAAGGAUGAGAAUCUGGGGGCUCUCUCUGGCUCACCGCUAAUAAACUGACUGACUGGUGAGGCGGCUUGGUUUUGCUUUUGUUUUUCCGACGCUGGGUUUGUUUUGUGGAAGUGGAACCAAGCUAGAGCCUAGAGGAAGAGGCGUAACUACGAUACAGAUACAGAUACAGAUACAGAUAGAGAGAGUAGGAAAAAAAAAUUGAUGGCUUCGAUUUGCCUCUCAAUUCCGAGCUUCAAAACCCUAGCUAUUCUAUCUCCAUCAUACACAUCUUCGACUUCAUCCCCAUCUUCUUCUUCUUCUUCUUCUUCUUCUGUGGGCGACGCGUGCUUCGUUCGCUGCAGAUGUUCAAUUCCAAUGUUCGAUUCUCAGCGCGUGGUUUCAACUCAUCGUUUGAGGGCAAAGAGGCAAGUGGUCCGUAUGGCUCCCGAUGAAGAGAAACUCACGCGCCGUAAUCCUCUCGAUUUCCCCAUCGAGUGGGAGAGGCCAAAACCAGGGCGUAGACCUGAUAUAUUCCCCCAGUUUAGCCCUAUGAAAACACCAUUACCACCUCCAUUGCCAUAUGAUCCUCCGGAAGAAGAUGAGGAAGAGGAAGAGAAGAAAGAGGAGGAGGAGGAUGAUCCUGAAAAGGAAGAGCCAGAUCAGCCUGAGAAUCAGUAGAACUCUCUCAGUGGCAAAGUAUGGGCCUUAGACAUUUUUCACAAUUUUGUUUUUAUUCUCUUAGUUCAUGUUACCUCUUGCUUCAUGUGGUGCUUAUAUAUAGUGGAUAAUAAUGUAAUGGUCAUCCAGUUAGAAUGUUGCUUAAGUGUUUUUUUUUCUUCUAACUUUGGGCAAAAAGGAUCAUGCAAAACCCUUGUUGGGACCUUUUGCAGGCUUAUUUACGAAGAGUAUUUUGAAAUUUAUUUUAUUUGAUGGACUUUUUAGAUAUAUAAGAGAUUGGAUUGAAGGAAUGAUUACUUAUGA